AUGAGUUUAAUCAUAGAUGUGCAAGGAUUCAAGAUAGAAAAUAACAAAUUCAUUGUCAAAGAGUUUGCAGCCUUCGAUGGAGUGAAAAUUUGCCAUUAUAUUUUCAAACCACCAUUUCCACUUAACUUUUUACCUCCGAAUUUACAAAAGCAGGCUAAUUGGCUGGUUCGUAAUUUCCACUGCCUAGAAUGGAAGGAUGGAUUUACCCCAUUACAUCAGUUUGGAAAUAUCUUGAAAAGUCUAUGUGAUGGAGUCGAUCUAAUACAUAUCAAAGGAAGGGAGAAAGCUGAAUAUAUUCGACGGUUCACUUCUGUUCCAGUAGUUGAGUUCGAUGAACAACCUAUUUUACAACAGUCCGAACCAAGAUGUUUUUAUCAUACGAAUUCAAAUUGCAUGUAUUUUACUGAAUAUGCGGUCGUCACACAUUCUCGCAAAGAUAUCCACCAGAUGUUCGGUUUUACAAACAUGCGGGUAGCAGUUGCGGGCUUUCUCUAUAUCGCGCAACCUUAUAAUAUGAGAGAAGUAUUCAUAUGUUUCGAUAGUAAUGGUACACGAAAUGAAAGUUGGCCUUCUAAAUGGGCAAGAAUGGAGUCAACUACAAUGAAUAAUGUUUCAACCCUCAAAUCACGCAUACCCACCAAUAGUACCAUGUACAAGUUGCGAUUGCGAAAGGGCAGUGGCUCCACCAUUGAUUCUGACUGGUGUGAACUAUAUCCAAACCCCCACUACUUCAUGAUAGAAAUAUAA